AAAAACUCAGUCUUUUUUUCACCAAAGACUCACGAGAACCAUCGAUUGUGGAGAAGCAUUGAAAGCCAAAGCCAAAAGAAACUGUUUCUAAACAGGAACAGGACCAGAUUGUGAUCCUCCACUAUCAAUGGUUUGCAUGAGAAGAGAAGAAGCAUAGCUUGGCACCAUCUUUUGACCUGAAGUUACAUAAUCCUAAGUAGCUUCACAGCAAUCUUUUUCUCAAGAAGACAAGUGUUUUAUUGCUUUAACAAAGUGAACUUCACCUUUCUGUCAGUGUUCCCUACUUUUCAUUCAGUAAAAGUCAUUGUUGAUGUCCUCAAUGGGACAUCCAGGUGAUGAGAAUCUUGAAACAAAAGAGAUGGACGCGAGAAGUUUGUCAUCUUCACAUGGCCAGGAACCGUACGUGCACAAGGUUGGAAUUCCUCCAAGACAAAACCUCUUCAAGGAAUUCCAAUCCACUGUGAAAGAAACAUUCUUCUCAGACGAUCCUCUACGGUCCUUCAAGGAUCAGUCGAAGUCGCGGAAGUGUAUCCUCGGCAUUGAAGCCAUAUUCCCUAUACUUAGUUGGGGGAGAACUUACACCCUCAAAAAAUUUAGAGGGGAUCUCAUUGCUGGUCUAACUAUUGCAAGUCUCUGCAUUCCUCAGGAUAUUGGAUAUGCAAAGCUUGCGAAUUUGGCUCCACAGUACGGAUUGUAUUCCAGCCUUGUUCCACCACUGAUUUACUCUCUCAUGGGUAGUUCUCGUGACAUUGCAAUAGGACCGGUGGCAGUGGUUUCUCUCUUGUUGGGGACUUUACUUCAGAAUGAGAUUGAUCCCGUUGCGAAUCCAGAAGACUAUAGACGACUCGCUUUUACUGCCACAUUUUUUGCUGGAAUCACUCAAGCAAUACUUGGGGUUUGUAGGUUAGGAUUUUUGAUUGAUUUCCUAUCUCAUGCUGCAAUUGUCGGUUUUAUGGGGGGAGCUGCCAUCACCAUUGCACUUCAACAGCUUAAAGGUUUCCUUGGGAUUCAAAAGUUCACAAAGAAAACUGAUAUCAUCUCUGUGAUGAAUUCAGUAUUCUCAACAGCCCAUCAUGGAUGGAACUGGCAAACUAUAGUAAUUGGAGCCACCUUUCUGGCUUUUCUUCUGUUGGCCAAGUAUAUUGGAAAGAAGAAGCAGAAAUUCUUCUGGGUGCCAGCUAUUGCCCCAUUGAUAUCUGUCGUACUCUCCACAUUUUUUGUAUACAUAACUCAUGCGGACAAGCACGGUGUUGCGAUUGUAAAACACAUAGAGAAAGGGCUCAACCCUUCAUCAGUGAAGGAAAUUUUUUGGAGCGGUGUUUACCUCGGGAAAGGUGUUAGAAUUGGCAUCGUGGCUGGCAUGAUCGCAUUGACUGAAGCCACAGCAAUUGGAAGAACGUUUGCUUCUAUGAAGGACUAUCAACUGGAUGGAAACAAAGAAAUGGUUGCGUUAGGAGCUAUGAAUGUUGUUGGUUCAAUGACUUCUUGUUAUGUAGCGACCGGUUCUUUCUCUCGAUCAGCUGUGAAUUACAUGUCCGGCUGCCAAACUGCAGUGUCUAAUAUUGUCAUGUCCUUUGUUGUGUUCUUAACCCUGCUAUUCAUCACACCUCUUUUCAAAUACACUCCAAAUGCCAUUCUUGCUUCAAUUAUCAUUUCUGCUGUCAUAAACCUUGUGGACUACAAGGCAGCAAUUUUGAUAUGGAAGGUCGAUAAAUUUGACUUCGUCGCUUGCGUGGGAGCAUUUUUCGGGGUUGUUUUCGCCUCGGUUGAGAUAGGGCUUCUGAUUGCUGUCUCUAUAUCCUUCGCAAAGAUCCUAUUACAGGUAACAAGGCCGCGAACUGCUAUUCUGGGGAAGAUUCCUAGGACAACUGUAUAUAGAAACAUCCAACAAUACCCAGAGGCCACGAGCGUUCCUGGUGUACUAAUUAUAAGGGUUGAUUCUGCAAUAUAUUUUUCCAACUCAAAUUAUGUUAGAGAAAGGAUAUUAAGAUGGCUGAUGGAUGAGGAAGAGCAUGUGAAAGGAGAUUACCAAACAAGAAUCCAAUUUUUAAUUGUUGAGAUGUCACCCGUUACGGAUAUAGACACCAGUGGCAUUCAUGCCCUGGAAGAGUUAUUCAGAAGUCUUCAGAAGAGAGAGGUUCAGCUCGUUCUGGCAAAUCCUGGACCACUAGUGAUAGGCAAGCUCCACACAUCAAACUUUGCAAACUUGCUUGGUGAGGACAAGAUCUUCCUCACUGUUGCAGAGGCUGUUGCAUACUGUUCUCCAAAGCUUGCUGAGGACCCUUGAAAAGAUAUUAAUGUGAUUUUUGCCUUAGGAAAUUAAGGGAAAUGAGAUAAAGAAAUAUUAAAGCUAAGGGUAGAGAGCACUUGUUUGUACUUGUAGCUUUCAGCUGAGUUAGCUAGUGAAGAAUUAUGAGGUGGUCAGUGGUCACUCACUACAGAAAGUUGGUAGAAAUAUCGGCCCUUUCUCCUAGUUAUAAUGUAAUGGGGUCUUUGAUUUCCUUAUCUUAUACCACAGGAGAAAUAAAAAGAAGCAUAUAAAGGUGCGCUUAUGUGCACUCCAAUAAGCACACUCCUUUGUCCAAUAUCCACAUAGUCUAACUCAUC